UAUCAUUAUUAUUUUCUGGAUCACGGUUACCUAUAAAAUUGACUCGAUGAAUGUUAGCAAUAUCUUUUUCAUUUAAAUCGUUUAAUUCAUUACAAGAAAAAUUGUUCCAAGUUUUUACAAAGAUCACGUUUAAUGUGUAAUAAAGUUUAAGAAAUAUAUGAAUGUUAUAACGUUCACAUAUUCUGCAGAAAUUAUACGAGUGUCGUUGUCAGACAUUUAAAAUCGUGGAUUUAGCCGAGUGCGCGCGGUGCGUAUAAGAUAAUACUUAUAUAUGGGGCAUCAUGGGGCAGUGCACGCGGCAUAUCACGAGCAUGAUUUUUAAGUGAAUUUUUUACGAAUCUCCGAUUGUGAUUCUUCGUGCAAGUAAGCCAUCCUCAGCAGAAAACUAUCCACUUAGCGAUCGCACAACAUUUGACUCAAUUCUGGACGUACUUAUAACAGCAGAAAAAUCCGCGACUUGCCGAAGCGGUACAGAAACGGAUUACUCUUUUCGCGGGAACUGCCGUCCAUAACCUCGUCGUUGCCGUCGUCGUCGUCGUCGGAAAAUAUUCACUAGCUAAAGAAAGAUUAAGUACACAUGUGUGACUGACAAAAAUUAAUUGUAUAAAUGCGGAUUUGUCGCCGCCAAGAUCAUCGCCGGCUGAUUUCCUCUGAGAAAAGAUGAAGGAACUAGAGGAAACCAAUUGCGAGGUCCGAAAUGUUUUAAAUUUCACGCUACCACUAUGGAAUCAGUCAGUCAACAACUGGGGCUCCCAAGAGGAGCCUAUGACUACAGAUGGAUCGAACGAAUCAAACCAAGAUCAGACAUUGGGAGGGUUUCUAAAUAGUGAUUGCAAAUAUGCCUGGCUGAGCUGUGGGACUCGCUUGGUUGUGAUAGAUGUAAGAUGCGGGAAGUGCAUUAGCCAUUGGAAUUUUUCAUACAAAAUUACCUCCGUAUCUCCAUUUCCAACAGAGUCAGCGGGAAAAAUACCGUUACUCCUAGUUGGAUUAGAUAACGAUGCAAUAAGAAUCAAAGAUUCGAUUGGGCACUUGUGCAUAUUUAAUUGCUGUAAUACAACUAUUUUAGCAACUAUUCAAGUACCUGCAGGUGUUGAGAAAGCUUGUGUAAUUCAUGGAGGAGCAGAAUGGGAAGAGUUUAAUGAAAAAAGACCAGACACAGUACUUGCUGGAAAUACAGGGUUAAUUUUUGCUGCUUUACGAAAUUUGCAGCACAUAGUCAUUGAUGCUAAUCGAUUGCUUUGGGCCAAUUCAGUUUGGGAUGGAAAAGAUGUCAUAUCAAAAUUGGAAUUUGUAAAUCCCCUAAAUUCAUCCACAACUACCAGUAAAAACAAGAAAGAACCUACACAUUUAGCCUAUGAUUUGAUGGAUAAGGAAAUUGAACAGUACAUGGGCUUUGACCGAAACGAUUUUGAAUCAACUCCUUUAUACGACGAAAGCCUAUGUUCAGUUCUUUUGAGCUCCACAAAAAUCGGCUGUCUUAUAACCGGUUGUCUGGGUCGCGUUAUAAUCUGGCAGAAUGAUGGCUCAAUUGGCUGGAUUAGUCCACCUUUUGAUGCUGACAAUAAUGCAUAUGUCACGCAUGUCGCUUUACUGGAACCCUCGGAUGACCCUCGACCUUUUUACUAUCUAUGGGUCGCUUGUCAGAAUGACUCCCAGGAAUCUUCAGCCGUACUUCGCAUGUAUGCUAUGUUAUUUAACAAAAAGCGCAACUGUGAAAAAGCUGGUGAAUCGAGUUUGUACUUCAGUUUGGAGUCAGAGCCAAGUCUCAAAUUCGAGCUAGAGCUAGAACAAGGUGAGCGCGUCCACAGUUUGCUAGCAGUCGAACGUGAAAAUUCUCGUGACUCGGCCGACUGUAGCCUUCGCGGCCACGGCGAAGAUAGUCUCUUACUCAUUGGUACCAGUGAGCGACUGUUGAUGUUUGAUCUAAACCGCUGGUACAAGGAACAGAUGCCUAGAACUAUGGCAGAGUGUCGCAAUCCAAACAGCGUUAUGGCUAGCUACAGGACAAAGCAGGAAGAUGACGACAGAAAAGAAAUUAUUGCUUGUAGCUUUAUCCCAAAAUCGUUGAGGGAAUUUCCGAAAGGACCGACUUCACCUGAAGAGCUGUUCUAUCCAAACUCAUUAACACUGGAGUGGGUAGAGCUUGGGCUCGACAAUUUAACGUUUUGGUUGGCAAGGGGCGUGCAAACCGAGUUGCUCAGGGAAAUCAUGAUCGCUGGUCCGAUUGUGCUAGUCAAACCGACCGAAACUUAUCGUAGAUGUCUCGCUGCUGGGCUGAUGCCGUUUGACUCAUUACCGCAGGAUCAUGCAUUGGACGCAGAAAAAUGUCAUCAACGCGAAAUGCUUUUGUGUCUCUGUCUCGAGCAGCGCUGGACCAAAUUUUUAUCUCGCUGUGCCAACGAAUGGUCAGACGGUAGCGCUGCUUAUCUUUAUCCAGAAUUUAUUCGCUGGGGUGUGCAACGCGCAUCCGAACUCAAAUUAUGCGCAGAUAGUCUAUGCGUACCUCUCUUCGACCAGUCGGGGGCAAACAUCGGCGAAGCUGAGGUAAAAACACUGAGGUUCUGCUGUCAGCAAUUAGAGUGUCUCACCAACGUUGUUUCCAAAUUGCCGAACCUUGAAUCUGACUUAGAGAAGCAGAGAAGAACAUUGAAGAGGAUUGCUACAUAUCUAGAGGUUUUGCUUUGGUUUUACGAUGUGGGAUUGUUACCAGAGAAUCAAGUAAUCGAGGAAGAAGAAGAAGAAGAUAUGCCCCAGAUCACAUUAUUAUCCAAGAUCCCGUAUCCCCGAGAUAAAUUGGUCGAAUUGUACAAGAAAAAAAGAGUUGCUAGCAAUGGAGAAGAGAAAGAAGAAGAAAAGUUGUUUAUAGAUCAGCUGAUUUACCAUGACUGCCUACGUCUGAGAGCACAAUGGGAGAAAGAAGCAGGUUACGAGGUACCAGACCAUGGGGGCUUCUACCCACCUCCAUCUCUGCAAUCUCUUUUGCGCAGUUUCCUCGUGGAUUGCCAUCGAGAUGAUCCGGACGUGACCGCUGCGACAGCUUCCGCUGUGGACGACCAGCAAGCAGAUGAGCUCGAUCAAGCCGAGAUGGAGAGCAAGCAUAGCAUCGCCAUUUACCUACUCAUGGACAUUGCGAUGCUGCUACAAGGCACGAAUCCUGCUGUCGAUCGACUUAUUAAAUAUCCUUCAGCCUUCAAACUGAGUCCCAGUUUGAUUAAGAUGACGCAAGCGUUUUGGCUACUCGACCACGAUGACUACGAUGGAUUCUUUAAGAUUAUUACUGGACAACUUAUACACAGUAGUGACAUUAAAGACUGGCAUCACAAGCUCGCUAUUAUGGCUCUUUUGAAAGCGGAUCAACAUAAACUAGCUCUCGCGUAUAUGCGAAUACUAAAACCACCACUAGCUUCGCUGGAUGAUCAAGGCACGAUGAUCACCCUAUCUGUAGGGCAAGGUCUUGUCGAGUCGGCAUUUCAUGCAAGACCACCUUCGCAUUACGCGCAGCUACUUACUAAAUUCUUUGAGGCAUGCAAAGCGAAUGGCAAGCUCGGUGAUAUAUUGCAGCUGUCGCUUGAUACUGAAGAAGAGGAGGCAUUUAUCAAGUUUCUGAAAAAAAACGAUUGCGACGAUACAAGAUUGCUCUACUAUCUGCAGAGAUGCAGGCACACCGAAGCCAGUGAUUUAUUUACUUUGGACCGCAUGCUGAAUACUCGUUCAAAUUCAACAGCAUCGAAAAUUCAACCAAACACUUUGAAGGUUCUAAGCGCGUUCAACGCAACGUUGCCGGAUAUUACACGACAUUUUGCCACCAAUUAUGCUAAAAGUACUAUACCUAAUUCCUUAGCUUCGAACAAGCCCAUUCAACCAUUACAGCAUCAGCUAUCCUUUAUGGACCCCAGCUCUGUGAUGACGAACGCAGGGACUGGUCGAUGUUACCCCCGACCCAUGUCCCAGUGUCGCGACAAACUAAGGGGAAUCUAUGAGAUUGCUGUCAGUAAAACUCGGGAAACCUGUCUCAAAGCCGACCGACCUGGUAGUUCCUUAACACAUGUGCCUUUCAUCGACGCACCAUGUUCGACUAUUGUUUUCUGCUCGAGAGCUAGCGGUAAUUUGCCAGAGCCCACCGAUGCGUAUAAUGUUUUGUAUCCUGAAAAAAAGGUAAUCAACGGGGGUAAGAGAACGCAUAACAUGAUGGCUGAGGGGGAUGACAACGCAGAUUCGAAUAUCGAGAAGAAAAGGCGAAGGCUUGAAAAUGGAACGGCGGAAAUAGACAUGUCGAGUGGUGACAACCAAGCUAGAUUAACUCGUCGGCUGAGUAUGAGUAAUGUCUGUGAAACGCCACUUGUACAGCGUAAAUUGCGACCCGACGUUCAAACGGAUUCAAAUGGUCUAAACAUAGAGACUCCACACUCGAUUCUCAAGAUCCGAGAACUUUUUCGACGUAAUUCCGACUCCCCCGGUUAUGGUUUUAAAAAUAAUUUGGCAAGCGAAAAAGAAGAAUACAUAACACACUGUGCGUCUGAGAAUGUAAGACCAGCUCGACAGAUCAGGUUCAGUAUGGACAGAAUGAGCGGCAAUGGUGACACGUCCUCUGUAAACGAAUCUAAGGUUGAGGAUCCAGAAACAGAAAGCAAUUAUAGUACUAGUAGCAAGAAUAUUGAAGAAGAAUCUUGUGCUGAAGAAGCUUUUUAUAGUCCAAACGUGAGUAACAAGUCAUUGAGGAACAGUUCGAUUUUAUCAGACGGCAGCGUCACUAAGUUUAUUCAUGGUCCAAGAGCUAGGCGUAGCCUAAGAAGAAGUAGUAUGUUGUCUGGACAGUCCAGUGACUAUCAGUCUAAUAAGACGACUUCUUCCGCUAAUACAACUUUGGACGUGUCAGAAUUGGACACUUCGAGCGAGAAGAGCAAAAAAGCAUCGAACUUCUCAUCCCUGAGCCCACGAAAAUCCAUCUUGAAUUCGCCCUCGUUAUAUAACGCUUCAAUCCUGUCUGGUGACACAAGUAUAGAAGUUUCGCCUUUUAAGAGACCAUUUACCCUUAAUAACGAGCGCAACAACGACGACGAAACCGAUGAGUCAGAUAAUCAGUCGGAGGAUAGUCAAGAAGUUGUGGCUGAACUCAAUGAUACAGGUCUGGAUAAGGAUUCUUCAGUCGAGCCGUCUAUUAAAGAACCUGAGGAGAAAGACGAAGAUGAAGGCAUAAUCGAAGAGGAAAUUGAUGAAGAAGAAAAAGAAGCGCAGAAUGAAGAACCAAAUGAUGACCAAAUGGAAAGUCAGAACGAAGAUGUAGAAGAAGAAGGAGGAGGAGGAGCGAAUAUCGAUAAGUCUGCAUCAUCAGCAUAUAAUCUAUCUCAACAAAACGAAAUCAGCGAAGACGAAGAUGAACAAAAAUUCGAGCAACAACCUCAAAAAGCUCUCGAGAAGGAAGAGGAAGACGAAGAAGAAGUCGACGAAGAUGACACUUUCCAAAGCUUAAAUAACUCUGCCAACAACGCAGUUGCAUCCGAGAUCACUGCAAAUUGCAUCCGCGAGCUCGAGAACAACAUUGAUCUCGAAUCCAGAUUUAGUUUUAUCAGCAGCGUGCAACAGCGAACUACCAUUCGAAGAUACGAAUACAAUCAAGACUACAGUCUCACGAAGAAUAUUACUCUAGAAAAGCGUGACAGCUCGAGCUUUAAUUAUAGCCUGACAAAGCCGAUCUUCCUUGAUAGCUGCGGAAUCGCCAGACUUCAGGAUUCAAUUGUUAUUACAGAUGACGAGUCGAACGAUGCCGUUGAAGUCGAGCAAGCAGGUUUGGAACCAGUGGACAUCCCGCCAGAGGAAAUAACAGAAGGGGAAGAGCAAGAAGGCGAAGAGGCUGAGUUGACACUAAAUCUAUCUGGUUCGGAUGAUUCUGAUGUGGAGAGAAAGUUAAAAUCUAAUGGAUCAGCGAAUAUAAAAGAAGGCGAGAAAAAUAAAGAACAAGAGCUUAAGAUAGAGAAGGAAACUAGGUCAUUUGUAUCAGAACUGUCAGAGUCUUCUUCAGAUUCAGGAUUAAUCAAGAGGGAACUGCAGCAGGUGACUCCCAAAAAAGAAGAAUCUCGGGGUUCGCGAUUGCAAUCAUCGUCAUCAACAAAAAGCGAUGAUCUCGAAGGAGAAGGCACUCCGCUGAGGCGCAGCGGUAGGCAACAUGUGACUAGUAUCCGCCAGGUACCAACUCCCCGACGGUCCAUUAAAUCCAUGUCAACGAGUCCUGGCAGUAAACAGUUGGGUGAAACAGUUGCUGCGAGUAGUAGAAAAGUUUCAAUAGAUAGCGAAAAGCGGGAUACAUCGGCGGUGACGAAAGAAAUAAAAAAAAUUCUCUCUCAUGCGAUUGCGAGCAACAACCCGGCGAAACAAAUUGAAGAAAAGCGGGAACUCGAAAAGCCUCAAAAAAGUCCAAUAUCAAAAACAACAAGUCGAAAACCACAGACCUCUUCUCGCGAGCCAUCACAGGAAAAAACUCUUUCUCAAUCAAAGCUUGAGGAUUCACCCACCAUAACAAGCAAACGCACUACUCGUACCACAAGAGCGGGAUCUGUUGCAAAGGACGCAACUGCUAAGCAGCAUGAACCGGUAAGAAAAACGCGCGCAGCAUCGAUAGCCAAGGAAAGCGCGAUUGUUGAAAUGAGCGUAGCGGAUGAGGAUGUUAUUGACGAGCCAAAAGAGAAAAAAGGCAGAGGCAGACCACCGAAAGUUUCAAAAAAUAUAACGUCGAAUGUGACGCCCAAGAAGGAAUCAAUCAAAGCGAAAUCUGAAGACUCAGACGAGACUCCAGAAGAAGUCGUGAAGGUCGCUAAAUCGAGGGCCACGCGAACUACUUCUCAACUUCCUAAGGAUACGUCCGCUGUCAAAGCAACUACUAGAAAAACAAGAGCAGGUUCUGUAGCUGCUGAUGAGGUAACUGCGGCGCACGAAGAGAAGCCGACGAGGAAGACUCGGGCUGGAUCCGUAGCAGUUGACGAGAAGGAUAAGCCCGUACGAAGAACUCGGGCUGGAUCUGUAGCAGUAGAUGAAGAAGACAAACCAGCGCGGAAGACUCGAGCUGGAUCUGUGGCAGUUGAUGAGGAAGACAAACCAGUGCGGAAGACUCGAGCUGGAUCUGUGGCAGUUGAUGAAGAAGACAAACCAGCGCGAAAAACUCGUGCUGGAUCUGUUGUUGUAGAUGAGGAAGCUCACGAGGCAGAAAGGCCAGUCAGAAAAACGCGAGGAGCCUCUGUGGCAAAAGAGGACGAGACAGUGACAUCGAGGAAAACGCGAGCAUCGUCAAUGGCCAAGGAAAGUAGCAAUACUACCCAAGAAGAUUCAAAAUCGGUGCCCAAGAGAGGUACGAGAGCUUCAUCGCUAGCCAAGGAUAUGAGUAACGCGGAAGUAGCUGAUGAUACCCUGGGCAAGAGAUCGUCGCGGAAGCGUGGUAACUCGGUACCCAAGGAGGUGCCAGCUAUCAUUGUUGAACCACCUAGAUUAACAUCACGUGGUAGACGAUCCACGAGUCUUCUUAAAGAAGUAAUUCUUGAAGAGAGCAUAUCUCAACUGGAUUCUCCAGCUAGCAGCAAACGCAACAGACUGCCACGAGCCAUAGAGCAAGCAGCUGUCUCGAGUCCUGCCUCAAAUACUCGCAGUCGUCGCUCUUCUAUUCAGUCAGUUCCGGAAGAAAUUGAAGAAGUUGUUAACCAGCCUGUUCAGACCUCUAGAACCACGUCAAAGAACACAUCCGAGUCAAAAGAUGAAAGCAGAACUCGACGAGCCACAAGUGUCGACUCUUCCGUAAUUCCGCCCACAGGCAAACGACUUACUCGCAGUGUUCUCGCCAAGACCUCUAUUUUAGAAGAGAUCAUACCCGAGGAAUCGACGUCCAAAUCGCCGCAAACGAAGAAGCAGCCUACGAGAAGAAAACGUGCGACGUCAUUGUCGGUAGAAGCGAUCGAGGAGGCUGAGAAAGAGAAAGCGAAAGUUAAACCUAAGAGAGGUAGAAAAGCCAGUGAGAACAAGGACAAGGGUUUUUUGUUCUCACCGCCUGAAGAAGCAGGAGAAAUUACGGAGAGCGGCGAAGAAUGUCGUACACCGAUCUUCAAGUUUUCAGAACCGACCGGACUACAGAAAUUUUUAACGCCAGUUCGCUACGACGACGAUGAGGAGUCUUCCGACAUGACAACAAACCUAUUGAAACGCGACUUUCAGAUAGACAGUGAACGAAAGACUUCAGCAAGAAUCCAGCGACAUCCGCGAACCUGCUUCGUACUGCCCAAAAAAAAUAAAAAAUAAUCCUCGUAAUUCGAGUAAUAACGUCUUGCAUUUGAAAUGCUGUGAAAAAUUUUUUGAUUGUUUUCGAUUUUUUUCUGUACAUCUAAUUUUUAAAUGAACUUUUUUUUUAAAAAAGGAUAAAAAAAUGAACGCAUUUUCAAAAAAGAAUGUAUGAUAUUGUUGUAAAUAAUUUAUUGAUACAUCAUAUGUUAAUUCAAUAAAGAAGGUAUAAGUCUA